AUGUCUACACUAGUGUCACAGCGCCUCUCCUUCCGAGAACGCGGAGUGGUCUUUGAAGAAGCCAAACGGGUAAUCACUGCCCACUCCCGCCAUUUCUUUGCGCUUUGCCAUCUCUUUCUCUUUCCCUUAUGCUUCUCCAUCAUCAUCUACCCAUCUCUCUUCACCGCCUUUUCCCAACUUGAUGGUUUUCACCCCCUACAAUGGCUACUCUCCUUCACUGCCGACCCCACUCAUCUCCGAGCCCGACCUAUCCUCUUCGCCCUCCUCUUCGACCUCUUUGCUCUCUGCCUGGCCGCUUGCGCCUUGGGCACUAUCAUCUAUAGUACUUUCAAUGGGCAUCACGGUAGACCCGUGACGCUUUCUUCUUCCGUUAAAUCUCUGUUGGGCUCCUUUUUGCCCAUACUUUCCACCCUAAUCGUCUCUCAAAUAAUUGUGUGUUUGGUGGGUAUUGGUUUGGGGGUUUUGGUGGCGCUUCUGUUGACUGGGCUUCGAAUUGUCGGUGUUGAAGUGAAUUAUUACGACAACUACUCCUGCAAUUGGGGUUUGGUGAUUUUCUAUGUGGUUCUGCUUGUACCCAUCAUUGUAUGGCUGCAGAUUAACUGGUCCUUGGCGUGUGUGAUUGUGGUGGCGGAAUCAAAGUGGGGGUAUGAGCCCUUGCGGAGAAGUGGGCAAUUAGUGAAGGGGACGAGGGGGGUAGCGGCGUCGAUUUUGGUGCUUUACGGCCAAGUGUUCUUGUUGAUGGUGCUUUGUACUUCACUGUUGGGCAAGAUUGGUGCAAACAGAGGGGUUUUAUUCUGGAUGGGAACAAUUAUUGUGGUGUACGGUUCAAGUUCAGUUACUGAGCUGAUCCUUUACAGUUUAGCCGCAAAUGUGGUGUUGUAUAUCUACUGCAAAGCCUUGCACGAGAAGGGAGCGUUACUUGAGAUUGCAGAGGUAGAGGGCAAGGAUGCGAGCUUGGCUUUUGGUGGUGGCAAGGUUUCUCAAGUUGUUAAUCAUGGUUGA